UCAUUUCAUUAUAGAGUUACUCGAGACUCACCCCUGCUCUUUCCACCCUCCUGAUACACACACAUACACCUACACUCCCCUCUGUACCAUCGGCUACCGAGGUGAACCCCCCAUUCCGAUGAGCCUAUGUGGCAUGCUCCUGGCUUCAUUUGGCUUACCCAAGAAUUAAAACAACGCCAAAUAUAAAAUCCGAGAAAAGGGGGAUAAGUAAAAACAAAAAAAAAAGACAAGAUUAAGUAACCUCCCCCUUUUAUUGUAGACUUAGCAGCAAACGCAAAAUUAACAGGCGACUGAGCAUCGAAACUGUCCACGGAUUAGUGAAUGUUAGUGGAAGAAUUAUCAAUAGCAUUCUAAACAAACAUUAUUUACAGUUGAAUCAUUCUCGGAUCAACGGUACAGCUUAUCAUUGAAGAAGCUCUGGAAUAUUUGUGACUAGAAGAAGGACAUCGGGACCAGCUAGUCAAAUACUUCUUGGCGCAGCUUAAGGAUAUAUAUCUACACAUGAUGGCGUAAACAAAAUCACCAAAGAAGAUUGACGGUAGUCAAAGCGUACAUUACCCACGUGAUCUUUUGAUUUCUCAUCUAACAAUCUGAUCUGCGAUCUGACCAUACUUGGAUUACUUUGGGAAACGAGGUCAGUGGACUUUAAAUAAUUGGUCAUUCCUGGUGUUAGACUGUGUUCUUUUCUAAAUUGGACCAAACAAAAAUAUCGCUGUUUUUAUCGGAUAUUUGACAUACAAUUGGCUGGCAGGUGACCAUGAGGGAGCAUAGGUAGCUCUAGCUGACCACUUGAAUCGAUCAUCUUUCCCAACUCUAAACUAUCCCAAGCCAUGGAGUGCCUACUCGACCACAAGCCCUACGACACGGCGAUGAAGAACUACGACCAGUCCAUGAAAACGUAUGACCAGACUCUAAAGUCGUAUGACCAGUCGCUCAAGUCUUACGACCAAGGAAUGAAAGGUUACGACCCUUUGAAAUCGUAUGAUAGUCACAUCAAGCCGUACGAAUCGCAUCUCAAAGCCUACGAGACGCACAUGAAACCUUACGACCAGUCGUUGAAGCAGUACGACAUGCAUCCUAAGCCGUACGACCAGCACGCCAAGCCGUACGAGACGCAUCUUAAGUCGUACGACCCUCACCCGAAAGCGUAUGAGCACAUGCUUAAGCCAUACGAACAGUCGUUGAAGCACUACGACCACAACUCCAUCCUUCCGGUCACCAACGGACACGAUCUGUGCGAGAUGAAAAACAUAGCAGCAGCUAAAAUGGAGGCGAAAGGGUCAGUUGGAGUCACUGCCAACGGCUCAGAAAACGGCCCCAGUAACGGAAUGUCCGGCGGAGGAAACGAUGACCCAGAAAGUGAGGAUGAGUCCCCAAGUACCACUACUAACCCUCCUGAAAGUCCUGGAGAUGAGGAGGGAAAAGGAGGUAAGAAAUCAGGAGUGGGGGUCAGGAGGUCAGAAAAACCUCCUUACUCUUACAUCGCACUAAUUGUCAUGGCUAUACAAUCCUCUCCCACUAAAAGGUGCACCCUUAGCGAGAUAUACCAGUUUCUUCAACAGAGGUUCCCUUUUUUCAGGGGAAGCUACCAAGGAUGGAAAAACUCUGUUCGGCAUAACCUCUCCCUGAACGAGUGCUUCAUCAAGCUACCUAAAGGCAUCGGAAGGCCUGGAAAAGGGCAUUUCUGGACGAUAGACCCGGCUGCGGAGUUUAUGUUCGAGGAAGGCUCUUUUAGACGUAGGCCUAGAGGAUUUAGGAGAAAGUGCCAGGCUCUGAAGCCGUUUGGCAUGUUAAACGGAAUGGGUGGAGGCGGCCCCAUGAUGGGACCUUAUGAUUUCAUGGGCCCUCACAAUGCUGGCAUGGCGUCGAUGAACAUGUCUUGCGGUAUGCCGAAUGGUCAAAUGCCGCCUUACGACCCUUACUCCCAAGGGAUGAUGGCAAGCAAUUCAAUGCAGCAAAUGACCAUGGGUCCGAACUAUGGCUCUUACAACAGGUACGCACAGGGCGCGUGCACGAUGCCCGGCUUUCAGUCUUCCAGCUUGCCCAGCAUGGCGUCAAUGUCCAACAUGGCCGCCGGCCUACCGAGCAUGUCAAACUUCCAAGGGAUGUCAAACAUUCACAACAUGUCAUCAUCUAGCCUUCCUGGCUUCCAUCACGGUUUAUCAGGAAUGGGACCUUCCAUGGGCUCGGCCAUGGGCAGCACUGAUUACAACAUUGGCAGUCUAGGCUCUGGCGGUGCAUCCGGCGGCUACCCACCUCCACCAUCGACGCCGCCUGCGAUGACAUCGCCUUCUUACGACCGCGACGCCAUGGGACCCGCCAUGAGAGACUCAAUGUCCCGGGACGGUCAUCCAAUGCACAUUAGAGACACUCUCACCGCGGACAACUCAGUUAGAUAUCCUUCUACUUCAACGGCGACUUCGUCAACAGGCUCGACCGGACACGUCGCUGCAUCUCGAGAAGGAUUACUUUCAGCACCUUCAGAUAUCAACUCCGCCCGUGAAUCCGUGGCUUCCAUGGCAAGCAAGUACGCUGGCAGCAGUCCGUCAGCUUAUUCAUCUAGAGAUACGCCAAUGUCAAGGGACGCCCUGUCGUCCUACCAAACAAGUGUGUACGCCAAAGACCCAACCAACCUACGUGAAAGCGUCUCCGCCUACGGCAGAGAAACCGUUCAGGACUCUUUACGAGAGCCCAUGUACCACCGCGAGCAACAAGCCCUAUACGGGCGUGACUAUGGCACUUCGAUGGCUGGCUCUGCGGGAAACAUGGUGUCUGGACUAUACCAGUGGGGUGGACAAUCGACAAGGGUUGGCUAUCCAAGUGGCGUGAAGCAGCAGCCCCUUUCGCCAGCUGGCAGCACGGGCUCCCUUCAAUCGAUGUCCCCGCCGUCCAGUGAGCAGAGUCCGUACGGCAGCACUCAUGCAGUUGGUAGCGAGAGUAUGGAUCUAUCAGUUACAGGACUCGGGAUUCAAGGCCAACAGUUCACCAGGCACACACCAUGUGACCGGAAGUCGUCAGCUGCUUAUUUCUACGGUUCGGGACCGUCAAUGUCUUCGUCCAUGCAGGCAGGAUCCUACUACGACAAGUGUUGAGAUUUCGCGAACCACGCCAGCACAGCGGCACGCGGACCUGCAGUCAUUGGCAGACGUGAUUAGUGGAGGGGACAAAAAGGGCAUGUAAUUUACUGUGUUCUUCCGAGAAAAAAAAACCAGUAAUACUUUCCCGUACUCUAGUGUUGAACUGUCAUUUUAUAGGACGCAAUUACGACAUUAGUCGUAGUGACUGAUUGCGACUUUCAAUAAUCCAAGACGAUGUAUACAGCAAGUAGACUUUGUUGUUUAGAUACUACUUUGUACAUAAAUAUAAGAUAGGCGAAGAAUGGAAGAAAAACUUGAAGUCCCAACUAAACCACAAGGUAAUAAAGUAAACACAAAAGUGCCUUCUAGUUAAUGAACUCAACGAAAGUUUCAUUGUUAACUUCCCUAAGCCUCGUUUAUAUAUAUACACUGGGCAGGUUAUUGCAGUUGGAGCUAGUGUCUUUGGUCUUGCUUUUCUUCUCUGACGUUUUUCUUCUGCCAGAGCUGUUCUCUUGCCCUCUGCAAUUUGUGCGCCAGUUUUCACAACGCGACACCAUGAUGCUCUAUCAUGUUCUUCUGUCUCACAGGUGGCAGGGUCAAUGCUGAAGGCUUUCAGAGAAGUUUUGAGGGUGUCCCUGAAGCCUUUAGUCAACCUUGUGAGCGCUUGACUUCCCUUAAUUGGCCGUACAGGAGUCGUUUAGGGCUGCGGUGGCUUUAAGCUUGCCUCAUGUCCAGAAAGAUGCUCAACUGCCCAUUAAGGAAAAAUAAUAUUUGUCCAUACGAAACAAAGAUACACUGUCUUCGAAAGAGUAGAAUGGAAAUAAAAUGAAAUAAUAAAUAAAACAUUGGUUCUGUGCUAUUAAAAAGGUGGCUGCUAUUCAAUAAGGCAAAAUCUUUCUAUUACAUGAAAGGCUUAUUGAAACUGCCUUAAGACUUGGAACAUAGGUCUUUUCAAAGAGUUUAUUGAGUUUGGAACUUCGCACGGAGUAAAAAAAAUAAAGACACUUAAAAUCUUGUUCGUUUGUACCUAAACUCACCAUACUGCCCAAGUGUGACGUAUUAAGCAGCUGUCUCGAUAUUCACUUUUUGUGCAUCAAGUGAUGAAGGACAUGUUUACCUCACCAGAACAAAAUCUCUAGUCAUUAACAUGUGUGCCUCUUUAAGUUCCUGUUUUGUUUUCUGUAUUUACAUGAAUAUACGAUAAUACAGAA